GCGGUUAGUAAUUCCAAAGAGAUUAGAGACAUAAUUGAAAUCUCAGAUUGAUUAAAAACUAAAGAUUUCGAUUUGUAACUUGAUACAUUAUUCAUGUUUAGGUAAUGAUAAUGAAAUUAAAAAGAAAGUACGAAAUAUCGAUUCUUCAACACGGUCAACUGAUGGCUCGAAUAGUGAAUACACAAAUGAAUUUGAUUAUCGACAUGCGUAUAUAAAACUCGAAGAAGAAAUAAAAUCGAUUCGUGAAUUAAUGGUAAUAAAAGAUAGGCGAAUACGUGUACUAGAAGAUGAAUUAAGAAUUCAAAUGUUUACAAGUGAAACAGAAUCAAAUUGA